UGUUUUGUUUACGUGUGACGUCACGAAGAGAUUGCUAGGCACGCCGCUCCAGCGUCCACGACUUUUAUCUUUUUCUGUGUCCCUGGUGCCUAAAGGAAGCCAGCAAGAUGACGGCACCUCCAGCAGCUCUCCUCAACAAGAAUAAAAAGAAUUUUAUCGGCAUGCCCGCGCCGCUGGGCUACGUGGCGGGUGUGGGCCGAGGUGCCACAGGCUUCACCACUCGGUCUGACAUUGGUCCAGCGCGUGAUGCCAACGAUGUCUCUGAUGACAGACAUGCACCGCCAAACAAACGCAAGAAAAAGGAAGAUGAUGACGAUGAAGAUCUCAAUGAUGCUAACUAUGACGAGUUCAAUGGGUACGGUGGGUCGCUAUGCAGCAAGGAUCCCUAUGACAAGGAUGACGAGGAAGCCGACGCCAUAUACGAUGAAAUAGACAAGCGGAUGGACGAGAAGCGGCGGGAGUACCGAGAGAUGCGCCUCAAGGCAGAGCUGGAGAAUUACCGUCAGGAACGCCCAAAAAUCCAGCAGAUGUUUACUGACCUGAAGCGCGAGUUGGCCGGUGUCUCAGAGAAUGAGUGGAGCUCCAUCCCAGAAGUUGGAGACGCCAGGAACCGCAAGCAAAGGAACCCCAGGCCAGAACGCUUCACUCCGUUGCCUGACAGUGUUCUCAGCCACAACUUGGGAGGUGAAAAUGUAACCACCAUUGACCCUGGCUCUGGUCUGGCCUCCAUGAUGCCCGGAACUUCCACCCCAGGCAUGCUGACCCCCAGCGGCGACCUUGACCUGCGGAAAAUAGGUCAGGCUCGUAACACCCUGAUGGGAAUGAGGCUGAACCAGGUCUCAGAUGCAGUGGGAGGACAGACAGUGGUGGAUCCCAAAGGCUACCUGACAGAUCUCCAGAGUAUGAUCCCCCAGUAUGGUGGGGAUAUCAAUGAUGUCAAGAAGGCUCGGCUGCUCCUCAAGUCUGUGCGGGAGACAAAUCCUAACCACCCACCUGCCUGGAUUGCCUCGGCUCGUCUGGAGGAGGUAACUGGUAAGAUCCAGUCUGCACGUAACUUGGUCAUGAAGGGUUGUGAGAUGUGUCCCAAGUCUGAGGAUGUGUGGCUAGAGGCAGCCAGACUGCAGCCUCCUGACAUGGCAAGGGCAGUGAUAGCUCAGGCUGUCCAGACACUUCCAUAUUCCCCAAGGCUUUGGAUCAAGGCUGCUGACCUCGAACUUGAGCUCAAAGCCAAGAAGCGUGUUUACCGCAAAGCUCUGGAGCAGAUCCCUAACUCUGAGCUGCUGUGGAAACUUGCUGUAGAAUUAGAAGAGGAAGAGGAUGCCAAGAUCCUCCUGAGUAGAGCAGUGGAGUGCUGUCCUACCUCUGUGGAUCUCUGGCUGGCCCUGGCCCGCCUGGAAGUGUAUGAGAAUGCCAGGAAGGUUCUCAACAAGGCCCGAGAGAACAACCCCAAAGACCGACAAAUCUGGAUCACUGCUGCCAAGCUGGAAGAAGCCAAUGGCAAUGACACACUGGUGGGAAAGAUUGUGGAGAGGGCAAUCUCCACCCUGCAGGCCAACAUGGUGGACAUCAACAGGGACUUCUGGAUCAAGGAUGCCAUGGAGGCAGAGCAUGCCGGGGCUGUGCUUACCUGCCAGUGCAUCAUCCGAAAUAUUAUUGGUCAUGGGGUUGAAGACGAGGACCGCAAGCACACUUGGAUGGAAGAUGCUGACAGCUGUGCCACCCAGGGGGCCUAUGAGUGUGCCAGGGCCAUUUAUGGCCAUGCUCUCUCAAUCUUCCCCAAGAAGAAGUCUGUGUGGCUGGCUGCUGCCCAUUUUGAGCGGAGUCAUGGCACCAGAGAGUCUCUAGAGACUCUGUUGCAGCAAGCUGUCACCCAUUGUCCUCAGGAAGAGACACUUUGGCUCAUGGGAGCCAAGUCUAAGUGGUUGGCUGGGGACGUCCCAGCUGCUCGGUCCAUCUUGGCUCUUGCCUUCAAAGCAAAUCCCAACUCCGAGGAGAUCUGGCUGGCUGCCGUCAAACUAGAGUCAGAGAACAAUGAAUAUGAGCGAGCCAGGCGGCUGCUGGCUAAGGCCCGGUCUCAGGCUGCCACACCCAAGGUGAUGAUGAAGUCAGCUCACCUGGAGUGGGCUCUUGGCAAUCUGGAGGUGGCCAAGAACCUGCUGGAUGAGGGCAUCAAGGAGGUGGGUGACUUUGCCAAGCUGUGGAUGAUGAAGGGCCAGAUCCUGGAGCAGCAGGGCAAAAUAGAAGAUGCUUGGGAAGUGUACAGGGAUGCCGUCAAGCGGUGCUCAUCAUCCAUCCCACUGUGGCGGCUGCUUGCCAACCUUGAGGAGCGGCAGGGCAAGCUGGUCACAGCUCGGGCCACGUUGGAGAAGUCCCGUGUCAGGAACCCCAUGAAUGAGGAGCUGUGGCUGCUGGCUGUCCGCCUGGAGCUGCGAGCCGGCCAGCGGGAGGUGAGUCGUGCCCUGAUGGCCCGGGCCUUGCAGGAGUGCCCUUCCUCAGGUAUCCUUUGGGCACAAGCUGUCUUCCUAGAGGACCCAGCCCAGAGGAAGAGCCGCAGUGUGGAUGCCCUGAAGCGAUGCCAAGAUGACGCCCACGUGGUGCUGGCAGUGGCCAAGAUGUUCUGGAUGGAGGGUAAGAAAAUUAAAGCCAGAGAGUGGUUCAACAAAACAGUGAAGAUUGACCCAGACCUUGGGGAUGCCUGGGCCUGGUACUACAAGAUGGAGACACUCUUUGGAACUGAGGACCAGAUGCAGGAGGUUAAGAAGCGGUGUGUGGCUGCUGACCCCCACCACGGCGAACACUGGUGCCAAGUUUCCAAGGACAUUGUCAACUGGAGAAAGAAGACCCCAGAAAUCUUACAGCAGGUGGCUGAGAAACUCCCCAUCCCAGUUAUGAACAGGGAAGUGUACUAGUGGGCCACCAAGAAAUGAAAAUGAGGGAACAGAAAUGUCAAGAGAUUGUAUCAGGAGAAUGAAACUGGAAAUUGAGUUAUGGCACCCAAACAACAAAGUUCAAAUGUGAUAUUUUUGAGAUACAAUCUUGAGUGCAGUACAA